UUGUGUGAGAUGGAUGACUUAUCUCUAUUUAGUAGCCUUCUCACGACUAUCCUGUACUCUCUGGCCUUUUUGUUCAGCCUGCAAGGAAAUAGUCUAGUGUUAUGGAUCCUAAUGAAAUAUGAGAACCUUACGUCUUUAACAAAUGUGUUCAUCAUGAAUCUUUGCAUCUCUGACCUGGUGUUCUCAUGCAUGCUGCCCUUUUGGAUUGUGUAUUCUUUAUAUGGCUGGAUCUUCGGGGAUGUCCUUUGCAAGGCUGUAAAUGCUGUUUUCUCCAUCAGCUACUACAGUGGUAUUUUCUGCGUGACCAUGAUGACUAUUCUCCGAUACCUGUUGGUGGUGAACCCCCUGUCAAGCCUGAGAACGCACACCCGCCAGUACGGUGUUCAGGCAAGCUUGAUCAUUUGGACUUUUAGCAUAUUGAUUGUGGUUCCUGAGAUCAUGUACACCCAGAAGCAACCUGAUUUUGAAGACCGCUUUAUCUGCGAUUACAGUGACAAGUACUGGAAGGAUUUGGACCGUUACCUGAGAAUUGUCUCCUUUCUGUUUUCCUUUAUUGUCAUUGUAUAUUGUUACCUCAGGAUACUGACAAUUCUACUCAAAUCAAGAUCACAAAGGAAACAGAGAACUGUGAGACUCAUUCUCAUUAUUGUAGUUUCCUUCAUUUUCAGCUGGGCACCUUAUAAUAUAGUCUCUCUCAUGCUUUCUUUUCCAUCUAAAAGCUGUGAGUUUGAGAGGAACAUUAACAUUGCCUUCUACAUCAGUCGCAAAAUUGCUUUCUCCCACUGUUGCCUCAACCCUGUGCUCUACGUAUUCGUUGGGGUCAAAUUCAGAAGGCAUUUGAGGCACCAGUGCAGUCACUAUUGGACAUGCAUGAAUGGUCCAGUCGCCAGCCCCAAGAAUUCUUCUCAUGGCAAGUUCCACUAUGAAGAUGCCUCCAUUUACUGA